UUUAUGGAAAAAAGGAAAGAAACGCAGUCUGAAUUAUUGACAUUUUUUAUAAUGCCUCACUGCCAUUAUAUGGGGGGGAUCAAAGGAUCAUCUGUCACAGCAAUUUGGUAUAAAUAACAACCUUGUUGCUUGUUUGCUGCACUGGUUUUCUCUGCCUUUUCCAUAGCUAGAAGAAGAUACAAAGAAGAAAAAUAAGAAGAAAUAGCAGAAAGCAUGGCUGAGGAGCAAAGUGUUUUGAUCCCAAAGGUGAAACUGGGUAGCCAAGGAUUGGAGGUGUCCAAAUUAGGGUUUGGAUGUAUGGGGCUUAGUGGUUUCCUCAACGCCCCUGUCUCCGACGAGGUUGGCAUUUCAAUUAUCAAGGAAGCAUUCAAUAGAGGAGUUACAUUUUUUGACACAGCUGAUUAUUAUGGACCCUGCACUAAUGAAGUUCUGGUUGGCAAGGCAUUGAAGCAAUUGCCGAGAGAAAAGGUCCAGUUGGCUACAAAGUUUGGCAUUGAUUUCAAGAACAGUGAUUUAGUAAAAACUGUAAUUAAUGGCAAACCUGAAUAUGUUCGUGCUUGCUGUGAGGCUAGCUUAGAACGCCUUGGUGUGGACUACAUUGAUCUUUAUUAUCAACAUAGAGUCGACACUUCAAUUCCAAUAGAGGAAACUAUGGGGGAGCUAAAAAAGUUAGUAGAAGAAGGGAAAAUUAAGUAUAUUGGAAUAUCUGAGCCAAGUCCUGACACCAUAAGAAGGGCACAUGCUGUUCAUCCCAUUACCGCACUGCAAAUGGAAUGGUCCCUUUGGACUCGCGACCUCGAGGAAGAAAUAGUCCCACUUUGCAGGGAACUUGGAAUUGGAGUGGUUACAUAUAGCCCUCUUGGUCAGGGUUUUUUUGGUGGCAAAGCAACUGUUGAAAGCUUGCCUGCAGAGAGUGUGCUGAAAUAUCUGCCAAGGUUCACAGACGAAAAUGUGGAAAAGAACAAGGUAUUUUAUGCUCGAAUUGAGAUCUUGGCCAAAAGACAUGGAUGUACUCCUGCUCAGCUUGCACUUGCUUGGGUUCUAAAUCAAGGGGAUGAUGUGGUUCCCAUUCCUGGAACAACCAAGAUUAAAAACCUGUUGGACAAUAUCGGAGCAGUGAGAAUUAAGCUAACAAAAGAAGAGUUGAAGGAGAUCUCUGAUGCCGUUCCUGACUAUGAAGUUGCUGGACAUAGAACUAUUAAACCCGAGUUUACAUGGAAGUUUGCUGAUACCCCACUUCCCAAGUGAGAUGGUCUUAAUAUCCAGUUACUAGCUUGCAAUAAUUAUUGAGUUUCCAUCUUUAAUGUAUUCAGAGGAACUGUGGCUUGUUUGUAAUAAAUCAUUUUUCUCGAGUGUCA